UCCAGUGUUUGUAUACACAACAACAAACACUGACGUAUGCAAUACCUACCUAAAUAUAAACCAGUGUUACUCGUGAACGUGACCAGGGUGCGUAGCCGAACGGCACAAACGUUCACGAAACGCUCACGAAACGAAGCGCUAGUAGAUAUCUAUCCCUAUCGCUCUUGCGUAUUGGUGCGACAGAGCCGGACAGGUUUCGUUUCCGUUUGGCGUCGGAGAAAUGCCAUUCGGCUACGGGGCCUGCGCAGAGCAGGCAGCAAAUCGCUCCUAGUUCUACGUUUCUACAGAUAUCUACGAUAACCUAUAAAAUUAUGAAAUGGCUGUGUUUCGCUCUCUUACUUGUGUUGAAAUCAGCGUUGGAUUGCGAGGCCUACAAUACGUUACUAGUAUUUCCAAAUUUGAGCAAAAGCCACACCACACUGGCUUUCGGUUAUGCAAAGCAUCUCUUAGGAGCUGGACACGAAGUAACCAUCGUUACGCCAUAUCCUAAGGAAGCUAAAGAAAUUGGCCAUCCCAAACUGCGAGUGGUGGAUGUCAGUGAAAGCUUGAAGAUAUUUACACCUGAAGUAUUUACAAUCAAAGCUGUACUAUGGAAUGAGACGAUGUCGCAAUAUUGGAAAAUAAUGAAAACCACCUCCAAAAUGUUUUUCUCGUAUGAGGAAGAGACAAUCAGAAACCAAAAUGUACAAGAUCUUCUUAAUGACCAUACCACUCACUUCGACGUAGUUAUUGCUGAAUGGUUUCAUAGUGAUAUGUUUGCUGGAUUCGCGACGGUGUUCAACUGUCCUUUAAUCUGGUCAUCGACUACGGAGGCGCAUUGGAUGGUGCUGUCUCUCAUUGAUGAAGCAUCCAAUCCUGCGUACACGCCCGACAUGAACUCAGCUGCUGUGCCACCGUUUAGUUUAGCACAACGAAUGAUGCAGUUCACCAUUCAGGCGAUAUUUAAGGCUUUUAAAUUUAUGUACUUUUCAUCAAGAGAUAAAACAAAUUACGAAGUGCUUUUUGGUCCCCACGUUGCCAAAAGAGGUAAUAGAGAGCUACCGCCCUUUGAAGAAGUACUGUAUAAUGGCACACUACUUUUUUCAAAUUCUCACCCUGUCUACGGACAAUCAAUGAGACUGCCAGCGAACUGUAAAGAAAUUGGUGGAUUUUGGAUUGAAAGAGAACCGAAACCUUUGCCACAGGAUCUACAAAAAAUAAUGGAUAGCGCAUAUCAUGGAGUUAUCUACUUCAGUAUGGGUUCUAUAUGGAAAAGUAAAGAUAUGCCGGAUACCAUGAAAAGUGACAUAUUAAGAGUCUUUAGUAAUCUGCAACAAACGAUCAUUUGGAAACUAGAGGAAGAGUUGCCGGAUUUGCCUAAAAAUGUACAUAUUGUGAAAUGGGCCCCGCAGCAUGGCAUUUUGGCUCACCCAAACUGCCGUCUUUUCAUCACGCAUGGCGGAAUUUUUUCGGUGACAGAAACCGUUUUCUUUGGGGUGCCGGUGGUCGGUAUACCAGUUGGAUAUGAUCAGACUCUCAACAUAGAUCGAGCCGUGCACAAAGGCUUCGCUAGGAAAGUACAGCUAGCUUACGAUUUGGCAGACGACUUAAAGUUAGCCAUUGAGGAGGUUCUUAGUAAUGACAGCUACAGAAUAAGAGCCAAGGAGCUAUCCCAGAUGUACCACGACCGGCCGGUGUCGCCGGGCGCGGAGCUGGUGCACUGGGUGGAGCACGUGGUGCGCACGCGCGGCGCGCCGCAUCUGCGCUCGCCCGCACUCAUGCUGCAAUUUUAAAUAUUUUAUUUUUUAUACUUUUGUUGAAAUGUUU